AACUGUUAAGUUUUGUUGAGGUGGAGGUCUUAUUUGUUAUCUCCUUCAAAAUCAAAUCCAACUUAAAACACAAAUUGAUUAAUAAGCGCUCUACUCUCUCCCCCCUCUCUUCCUCACAUACACUCAUCAGUAUCUUCUCUUGAGAUAUGAAGAAGCUUAAUCAUUUUAGUCAUCCCCAUCCUUUGGUCCUGGUGGAAGAUCAGGAGAUGGAUUCGAUUGGUACAAUUUACUACUGCUCAGCAUGUCAGGAGCGAGUAGAGGGUUCCAGCUACAACUGCUCAGAGUGUGACUUUUGUCUUCAUAAGUCUUGUGCUGAGCUACCGAGGGAGAUCAAUCAUCCCUUUCACGCAAGCCAUCCCCUCAUUCUUUAUGGUGAGCCGCAAUAUGCCACCAUAGUUGUUGGGUUUAGUUGUAAUUCCUGCCAAAAAGUAAAAGGUAAGGAAUUUGUUUAUCAUUGUUCCUCUUGUGAGUUUGAUCUUGACAUUAGCUGUGCUUUGCUUCCGAACUUGAUUACUGGAGAUUUCCCAAAGCUGAAACAUUUUAGCCGUCAACAUUCACUCUUCUUCAUUCAAAACCACUAUAUUGAACCCCAAGACCAAUCUUGCUCUGCAUGUAAAGAACCCAUAUCAGGUCCUGUUUAUUGUUGUUUUGAUUGUGAGUUUUUCCUUCAUCAGAAAUGCUUUGAGUUACCCCUUGAGAUUGAGCACCCUAGUCACCGCAAACACUCUCUUACUCUUCUACCCAACCCUCCACCUCAUCCAGAGAAAUGUUCUUGCCAUUUAUGCACCAAAGCUUACAAGGGAUUCAUUUAUUAUUGUUCUCUUUGUGAGUUUGGCAUUAUGAUCAAGUAUACUUUCUCUGAUCAUAAAGUGAUAAAAAUAAGCAGCAUGAGCAUCCAUUUACCCAAGUACAGAGACCAUUCUCUUUCAUUUGUGAUGCUUGUGGUACAGAUGGGGGGUACUGCAUUCCUUAUUUGUGAUUACUUUGUUCAUGUGGAUUGUGCAAUGGACAAAGAUAUUUUCAUCCAAGAGUAUGAGAACCCGUUCUUGAAGCUCGGAUUGACUCACAAGUACCGUUUUCAUGAGCACCGUCUUACUAUUGCGAAGAAGGAUUAUUUCCUUGAGUAUCUUAAAUGCAGUGUUUGUGACAAGUAUUGUAAACAGGUAUUCCUCAAAUGCACGCAAUCAGGAUGCAAGUAUGUUAUCGACUGGGAAUGUCGAUUACAUAUUCGGAGAAGUAAAGGGUUAUAAGAUUGUUAGAAGAACACGUGGGAAACCAAAAAGUCCAUGCUUCUUGUUCUUUUAUUUGUUUUUCAGUUUCUUUUUCUUUUGAGCUGCAUUGUACCACAAAUUGAAAAUAUUCUUAUUAUUUUUUUCUUUCACGUGUUUGAAGUAAAUAUUAAUAUAAAUUUUCAAUUUAU